AUGUUCAAUAUCACAGGUUCUAUAUGUGGUGAUUCGUCUCGUAUCAGUAGUUCGAGUGCUAGCUGUGAUCCCGCUUAUAGUGAUUAUGAUGAUUCAAUAUCAAGCUACGUAUUGUCUCCUGGUGGAAGGAGAUAUUAUUCACCGUCUGUUGGUGAAAAACAGUAUAUACCAUUCCUCAAUCAAGUUCAUGACAGCUUGGAUAAAGCCUUCUUAUUUUACAAGAAUUAUGGUCGUUUAGGAGGGUUUGAUGUUCGGAAGGGAACUGAAAAGAGAGCUGAUGAUGGUACGAUAACACUCAAGCAUUUUGUUUGCAGUUGUGAAGGUUUUGUUGAGCCAAAUAUUGGUAGAACGAAUGGCAUUGAGUGUAGAGAAAGGCGUACUGUGUCGAAGAGGUGUGGUUGUAAGGCAAGAUUGGUUAUGAAAUACAUGUUUCCAAACAAGUAUUUUGUAAUGUCUUUAAUUGAUGUGCAUAACCAUCCUCUAGCUAGUGAAACAGGACGGCAAUUUUUGAGAGCUAGUAGGGAAAUGACAGUGGGGUUAAGGAAUGUUGUCUAUGAUGCUGCGAAAGCUAACAUAGGUUGUAGCAAAACGUAUACUCUUGUAAAGGAAAUAGUAGGUGGAUAUUCCAAUGUUGGCGCGACAUUGUGUGAUUUUCGAAAUUUUAAUCGGGAUUUGAAGAGCUAUGUUGGUGACAAAGAUGGGCAGAUGAUUAUUGACAAGUUCAAGGUCAUUUCAGAGACUUCAGAAGGUUUUUACUAUGCAUACGAAGUUGAUUCAGCUGGACACCUUAUCAAACUGUUUUGGGCGGACGCAAUUGGUAGGAGGAAUUUUGAACUAUAUGGUGAUGCUAUGUCGUUUGAUGCAACUUUUGACACAAACAAGUAUAAUAUGAUAUUUGCACGUUUCACCAGUGUGGAUAAACAUGACAAAUGUGUGACGUUUGCAUGUUGUCUUUUAUCUCAAGAGAAUGUUGCGCACUAUACUUGGGCAUUUGAUCAUCUUGUAAAGGCUAUGGGAAGGAAUCCGGUGGUUGUGAUUACUGAUCAAUGUCCAGCUAUGAAAAUAGCUGUCCCUGCAUCAUUUUCUUCGGCCAAUGGACUGAUUGCUUCUAAACAUCGUUUGUGUAUGUGGCAUAUUAUGGAAAAAUUCCCGGUCAAGCUUGGUAACCGUUUGGUCAAAGAGACAGAUUUUAUGGAGAAGAUGAAGAAAUAUAUAUGGUCAUCAAAUAUAGAAAUAGAAGAAUUUGAGAGAGGAUGGGAAGCUGUUAUUAAGGAGUUUAAGUUGGAGGAUAACAAGUGGUUAAAAGAUAUGUAUGAUAUAAGGGCUUCGUGGAUUCCCGCUUUCUUUAGAGACGAGCCUAUGUUUGGGUUGUUGAGGACUACAUCAAGAUCAGAGAGUGAAAAUUCUUUUUUUGGGCAAUUCCAUAAACAAGGAGACUCUUUAUGUGAAUUUUGGUUACGGUAUCAAAGUGCUAUGGAUCGGCAGAGGAAUGAAACGAAUCGGUUGAAUCAUGAGUCCAAUUCUAGUCUCCCUUCUGCAGUGUCUAGAUGGUUCAUAGAAAAUGAUGCAGCAGACCUGUUUAUACUUGCUAUCUUUUAUAAAGUCCAAGAAGAAAUUAUUGCCUCCUGUUUGGACAUGCAAAUCAAAAGAAUGAGUGAGGAAAGAGAUGGUGUUACUUACAUGGAAAUCAGAGAUGUCAAGGUGCCGGAUAAAAUCUUUAAGGUUUCUAUUGGAGUGACUAAGUUCCCACAGACACUUGUUUUAAAUCGGUGGACGAAACUUGCGGACAGCGGGACCUCAUCAAUGUCACUAGCAGUUUCAAACAGUUUUUCUAAGAUGGAAGAAGUAUCAUUGAAAUUGACAAAUAUAUGGUUUGACUUUCGGCAGGCAGUUAAUAAGGCUGGAAUGGAGUUGGACAAGCUUGAUCAGGUUCAUAGUACUGUAAUGCAGCUCAGUUCUGAGCUUGAUAAAAAUUGUAGUAAUUUGACGAAGAAGGAUCACAUGGCAGCAAUGAUUGGUGAGCAGCCUUCAGGAGAUAUUACAAUUCUUGCACCAAAUAUUUGCAAGAACAAAGGUAAUUACUUUAAGAGGUUGAUAAGUGAAAGGGAGAAGGCAGUGACUAAAGCGAAGAAAAGAGUUCGAAAAUGCAAAGAAUGUGGUGCAACAACUCAUGAUUCAAGAACUUGUGAUAAGAAGAAGAAGAAAACACGGAUUGAAGAGAGUGGUGCAUAA